AUGUCAACGCGCCAAGCAGAAAAAUCUAGUCCAGAUGCAGUGGAAACAAAUCCUAGAGGCAUUCCUAAAGUUCAAUUUGUAGAAAAUGUUGAAGAUUUUAUUGAAAAGUCUUCUUCAACGGUUGAGGUUACCCUUAGUAAAUUUCAAGAAACUGUUGCAAAAUAUAAAUUUAUGGAAGUUAAUUUCUUGAGCCGUAAGAAAGCACUUGAACUUAAAAUACCAGAAAUAAAAAAAACUUUAACUGUCGUAGAAUUCUUGAUUUCAAAUCAGGAAUCUAAUAAACCGAUAGAGACCAUUUUUGAAUUAAACGACACGCUGUGGGCUGCUGCCAAAACUAAAUCAACAAAAACAAUUUAUUUAUGGCUUGGGGCAAACGUAAUGAUUGAGUAUACGUUACAAGAAGCAAAAGAGCUUCUUGAAAAUAAAUUGUCUAACGCACAAAAUUCAUUAAAUAAUGUCGUGGAAGAUUUAGAAUUUCUUAGGGAACAAAUAACUACAAUGGAAGUUAAUACUGCACGAGUUUAUAAUUGGGAUGUCAAACAAAGAAGGGUUAAAAGACAAGCGGAGACGAGAAAGGAAUUAGCAAAUGGUGCCUUUGAUCACCAUAUUGUGCCUUUAGUUAGUGUGACAAGGAAAAUUUUUGGUCACGGAGAGAUAAUAAUUGUGACGCAAAAUCAACAAGGGAUAGUACUGAAUGCGGUUCCAGAAAGUCCAGAAAGAAUGCAAGGAGAAUUUAAUGAAGCGAGAUGGAAUGAAGUAACCCUACCGUAUGUACUUACUACGGACAUCAUGGAAGAUUAUAAAGAACGCGUCGAAAAAUUUAACAUUCACGGAUGUUGGGAAUGGUCAAAUGGAGCAGUAAUAAUCUAUGAACUUCUCUCUAUGCAACACGAAGUUUGCAUCGGUGCAGUUGCUGAAGAAAUAAUGGAUGUUGUAGAAAU